AUGAUAAUUGAACAAAAUGUAUUUUGUUUUCAGAUCAUCUUCUACGAGGACAGGAACUUCCAGGGUCGCUCCUAUGAGACCAGCAGCGACUGUGCCGAGCUGACCUCCUACCUGAGCCGCUGCAACUCCUGCAGGGUGGAGAGCGGCUGCUUCAUGGUCUACGAGCGCCCCAACUUCAUGGGCCACCAGAUGCUGGUGCGUCGGGGCGAGUACCCCGACAACCAGCGCCUGAUGGGAAUGAGCAUGAGCGACUGCAUCCGCUCCUGCCGCAUGAUCCCCAUGCACAGGGGUCCAUUCAGGAUGAAGAUCUACGAGAGGGAGAACUUUGGCGGCCAGAUGAACGAGCUGCAGGAGGACUGCGACUCCAUCCAGGACCGUUACCGCAUGUCCGACUGCCACUCCGCUCACGUCAUGGACGGCCACUGGCUGAUGUACGAGCAGCCGCACUACAGAGGCAGGAUGCUGUACCUGAGGCCCGGAGAGUACAGGAGCAUGAGAGACAUGGGCAUGGGCCCCAUGGACAUGAGGAUCGGAUCCAUCAGACGCAUCAUGGAGUCCUGUUAG